GCCAAACUUGCUCGGAGCGUUGAGGUUUGUUUUUUUUUUUUUUUUCCCUUCCCACCUCCGGGGCUGGAUUCUUUUGCGCCACCGCCCGUUAUGGCCAGAGAGGAAUGCAAAGCGCUUCUGGACGCGCUCAGCAAAGUCACGGCUUGCUACCGGCACUUGGUGCUGACCGUCGGGGGUUCGGCGGAUUCGCAGGAGCUCCGCGAGGAGUUGAAAAAAACCCGGCAGAAAGCCCAAGAGUUAGCCGGGGUGACCCGAGCUCAGCUGACGGCUUCCCUGCGGGAUAAAACUCUAGCCAAAGAAGAGAGGCCCGAGUUCGAGCGCCUCUGGGUCAUCUUCUCCGCCUGCUUGGAGAUCUUGGAGAGCGACAUGCGACGGGCCCUGGAGCUGGGCCAGGCUUUCCCGCUCCACGUGCCCAAGAAACCGCUCAUCCAGACGGGUUUGAGCGGAGGCACCUCAGGAGUGGCAGCCCGGGCAAUGAGCGUCCAGAACAUGAAAUACGAAGCCGAAGCCAACAUCGACGUGGUGGACUUGACGGCCCUGGAGCAGGAGAUCAACCAGGUGGGCGAGAUGAUCUACGAGAUGGAGAUGAAGGUCAACGUGCCCAGGUGGACCGUCGAAGCCAAGCAAGACCCCGGCGCCGAGCUCAAUUCCAACGUCAGCGGGGGUGCCUCUUCCGUGGGCGCCGUCUCGGGGGUCGACAACAAAAGCCUUUGCGAUCCUAGCAGAGUCCUGGCCGGCAUCAUUUUCACCGCCGUCCUCUUGAUGGCCAUCGCCCUGGCGGUGUGUGUGGCCAAGCUCUCCUAAGGCUGGACGAGGGAGAAGUGGUGGGGCAGUGGUCUUCCUUUGCAACGGGGAAGUUUUUACAUUUUUUUGGCGAUCUUGGACGUUGGGGGGGGGUACAGGACAGGAUCGCCUGAGAUGGGUCCCGGUUAGUGGUGGGAUUCAGCCGGUUCGCACCACUUCGGGAGAACCGGUUGUUAACUUUCUGAGCAGUUUGGUGAACUGGUUGUUGGAAGACAUCAUUAGGGCAGAGAACCGGUUGUUAAAUUAUUUGAAUCCCACCACUGGUCCUGGUGUGUGUUUGUUUUUUUAACACUCCGGGACGGUCGAUCCAAACAAAAGAGAUCUCUCUGGGGAUAAUAUACAGUAUAUAUUUUCUUUUUUUAAAAAGCCUGCUGGCUGGGCCUUUCACGGUUAAUAAUGUGCGGGUAUUAGAACUUAACCACGGUAGGGGAUUUGACGGCUAUUUAUAGAAGACCGUUCUCGGGAACUGGGACGGAAAUAUGAUUUGUGAUUUAAGCUUGGGUUCAUGUUUACAAACGGGUCAUAAUAAUAAUUCGCAUGUGAUGCUGUGGACCAGAGGUCAAGAUGGGAAAGGGGCAUAUGUUGGUUUCAAUAUAAAACGGGGCAUUAACUCUUGAAGCUGAAGAAGUGGGUUACUUUUUUUUCUCCUAAACCAGUGGUUCUAAACCUUCUUAAUGCCGUAACCCUUUAAUACAGUUCCUCAUGUUGUGGUGACCCCCAACCAUAAAAUUAUUCCUAAGACCAUUGAAAAUAUGUGUUUUCCGAUGGUCUUAGGUGACCCCUGUGAAAGGGUUGUUCGAACCCCCAAAGGGGUCGCGACCCACAGGUUGAGAACCACUGCCCUAAACCAAGGUGCAAGCAUGGAGGCACGGAAACUUGUCUUUGUGGAAUGAAAGGUUGAGCUGAAGUUGUUUCGGUGUGGUAUAAAAAUCCAGAUUUGCAGAAGAAAACUUUCUGCAACGUUUAAGAGAAAGAUAGGAAGUUAUUUUCAGUUCACUACUGCUUCAGGUUUGUUUUGCAGGGGACAGGAGGGUUUUUUUUUAAAAAAAAAAACACCUUUAUCAAUGGGUUCUUAGUAACACAUUAGCCAAUUUUAAACACUUUACACCGUAAGUGUAAAUCACUGUUCCCCC